AUGUGAGGGCAGAGAGGUGGUUUUUCCCGUUCGUGAGAAAUGCAACACCUGCAUAACGCCAUAGGCAAUACUAUCCGCAAUUGACCCGAAGUCGGGAAGAGCCAGGGCCCUCCCUCAGUGUCGUAAAAAGCGACCUUUGUGCUUCCCUCGAUAUUAAACAGGCCAAACCUUUGGGAACCUCGGCCUUUCCAAAGCCUCAGCGGCCUUGAGAAGACGCCUUGUGUCUCUUUUUAUUGGCUCGGGUCGGGAGCCGGGACUACUUUUCUCGCCCCCAAUUGAAUUAGCGGAGUCCGAAGGGGGACUCUUCUGCUAUUUCUCUCACUCACUGAGCAAUAAGGAUGAAAGAAAGUAACCCUCCGCGGUCUCUCGCCUUUUCGCAGCAGUGCCGAGCUGCCUUUUAUGUGCUCACGCCCAACGAGAGCUCCUUCCGCAGCGUCGAGGAAGUUCCUGAUUACGUGGACCAGGCAACUCCUUUGUUCCUUACCCUGAUUUUUCUGGAGUUUGUUAUUAAGUGGGCUCAGAAGGGACAUUCAUCAGCUCGGGUCAAUGAUGGCAUCGCAUCUCUCUCUGCAGGUGUUCUGUCUCGACUUCCAGAUGUUUUGUCCAGAAGUGUGGAAGUAUCAACAUACAUUUAUAUGUGGGAAAACUAUAGACUUCUCGAACUACCUUGGGACUCACCAUGGACAUGGUACUUAACAUUCCUUGGAGUAGAUUUUGGAUAUUACUGGUUUCACCGCAUGGCCCAUGAGAUUAAUCUACUAUGGGCAGGACACCAAACUCAUCAUAGUUCAGAGUAUUAUAAUUUAUUUACAGCAUUAAGGCAAUCUGUUUUGCAGAAGUACACAUCUUGGAUAUUCUAUUUGCCCUUGGCUUUCUUUAUUCCACCUUCAGUGUAUGCUGUUCAUCUCCAAUUUAAUCUGCUUUACCAGUUCUGGAUACAUACAGAGGUUAUUAGCAACCUUGGUCCUCUGGAGUUUAUUCUCAAUACCCCCAGUCACCAUCGAGUACAUCAUGGAAGAAAUCCAUACUGCAUUGAUAAAAACUAUGGUGGCACACUGAUAAUUUGGGACAGAAUCUUUGGAACCUUUGCUGCAGAAAAAGAUAAAGUUAUAUAUGGCCUAACACACCCUAUAAACACCUUUGAACUUUUCAAGAUCCAGUUUCAUCACUGCGUUCAUAUAGGGAAGACAUUUUGGAAUAUCCCUGGUUUCUGCAAUAAGCUUUCUGUCAUAUUUAAGGGGCCAGGAUGGGAACCUGGCAAACCAAGGCUUGGACUUCUUAAGGACAUUCCUGAGAUUACAGGAAAGGAAGUUCCCUUCAGCCUCAAAUUGCCAAGCUACCUUCGUGUCUAUGCUGUAAUUCACUUUGUAUUGAUGCUGGGAUUUUAUAUCGAUUUGUUUGCUUCCAAAUCAACGUUAUCACAGGUAACUCUGCUCAUGAGAGUUGGCUACAUUAUCCUGACAUUGACCUCCAUUGGCUUCCUGAUGGAGCAAAGACCUGAAGCUGGUUUCUUGGAAUUUGCCCGCUGUUCUACUUUUCUGGCUUUCCACAAAUUCGGCUAUUUGAAAACAUAUAUUCCACUUCUAUCAAUCAUAUAUGAGGUGUUAUUUUCUCUCUGCAUUGCUUUUUGGGGAAUACGGAUUAUGAAGCAACUCACCUCAACUGCAACAAAUCAUCACUGAAAAAAAAGUCUGUCAGAAUUGUUGUUUUAAUUACAGAUAAAGCAUAUUCCUCAGAAAAGGAUGUGACAGGCCCUUUAUUUCUUGAUUUUAGUUCAUCCUCCUCAGUUUUAAUUUGUGAACCACUGAUUAAAAUUAACAUUAGGAUGAUUUUAUUUUUGCAUUUUCAGGAAGUUUCACAACUGUAUAAUCUAAAAUACAUGUUUUACAACAGUUUCAUUUGUGUGGAAGAAACUGUUUGUAUUCAUCUUUGUAAUGAAACAAACGAACAGCUUGACUGGAGCUAUUUGAUUCUCCUUUGCAGAUAUAGAUAUGGUGACAGCAUUCUUCCCAUCUGUUAGGGAGAAGUUACAUUGACUUGAGCUGCUCCUAUAGAUAACUAAGGAAGGAUUUCAAGCCCAAUCAUUUUUAAAUGUGCAAAUGUGGAGUACUGCCAUACUGCACAAUUAUACCAUUUUAUUCCACUUUAGCUGUUAUGUCUUAUUCUGUAAAAUCCUAGGUUUUGCAAUCUGAUGAGGACUUAGAAUUCUUUAAUGUACAGCAUCCUAUGGAGUCCCCAGUGGCACAGUGGGUUAGACCACUGGGCUGCUGAACUUGCUGACCAAAAGGCCGGCAGUUCGAAUCUGGGGAGUGGGGUGAACUCCUGCUAUUAGCUCCAGCUUCUGCCAACCUAACAGUUCAAAAACAUGCAAAUGUGAAUAGAUCAAUAGGUACCGCUCCAGCAGGUAGGUAACGGCUCUCCAUGCAGUUAUGCCGGCCACAUGACCUUGGAGGCGUCUACGGACAACACUGGCUCUUUGGCUUAGAAAUGGAUAUAAGCACCAACCCCCAGAGUUGGACACAACUAGACGUAAUGUCAGGGGAAAACAUUUACCUUUUUUACAGCAUCCUAUAGAAUCUUAGUACUUGUAGUCUGAUAUGGGUUUAGACUUCACUAGUGUGCAUCCUUGAUCUGAAGCUUAAGAAAUCUCUGAUACAGAAUUUCAAGUAUCUCACAGAAGUACAAAUUUUACAGGAAAGCAUCAGGACAAGCUGUAUAAAACUAAUAUGAUUGAGCAGUGCAGAUAUCCCUGUAUAUUAGUGAAAAAGAAAGGAAAGAGGAAGAUCAAAUGCACUGCAUGGAAUGGUAAGGAGAAUGGUGAAAGCAGGAGAGAACAAGCACAGGGUGAGGAGCAAAGAGGAAAUGUAAGAAUCCCAGUGUGGAAAGAAAAAACAUCAGUUUCUGUACUUAUAUUGUAGCAGGUUAAGAAGAGAGUGUUGGCAUGCUUUUGGCCUUCUGACCUUCAAAUAAGGAACUGUUGGCCACUGAGUGAACUAAAUGAUGGAACAGAAAAGUUUUUGGUCUGAACCAGCAGGACUCUUCUGAAAAGAUGAUUAAACUGAGGUUAUCAUAUCAUGAGAGGAUGAUAGAAAAUAUGGUAAUAUGAAAAUAUGAUAAUGUUUGGUAAAAUGAAGGGCAGUAGGGAAAAGGGAAGUUUGUGUUUCAGAGAAGCAAUGCCCUGAGUCUGCCAGUCCUGAGCAUAUCUGUUGAGGAUAGGUUGACUUAGAAGGCUCCCAUUCAUAUGGUCACCAUAGGUCGAAGUCAACUUAAUGGCUGUUAAUGACAACGAACCAACAAAAGAAAACAAAGAGCAUAGGAAGCAUAAAGCCUGUGAGUGAAAAUACUCAGACCGUCGUAGAGUACAUAAAUCAGAGGGUGGACAUAAAUACAUUAUUAAAAAAAAUAUGAUGUUGGAAUCCAUUAUGCUGGAACAUUAAGAGACAGUUCCCAUUGUCCCUCAAUGUACUGACUGUAUACAAAUGAAUUAAUUGUGACUGUAGAAUCAUUAAAUAUUGCAUGACAAAAGUAUUGCAAGGUGCAGUCCUAUUAACCCUUACCAGAAAGCAAGGCAGUGUUCUAUGACAUUUUGAAUGUAAGUGGUACUUUUAUUGGCUCAUAAAAGAUUCCACUAUUAACUGAAAACAUUUUCUUCCUUCAUCCUCAACUCUGUUUUUACAAUGUUUAUUUUUAGCUAAGAAUAAACUGGGAAAGAUAAGACCUGC